AUGGCGGGCCUGUUGCCUGCUGUGUCGUUGUUGAGAAGCUUCUCCCUGGAUGCUUUCAGCUUGCUACAGGCCUCCCAAGUGAACAAGGUAGGCAGUUGUGAAGGUGACAUCUACACGUGGACAGUGCCUGAGUUAAGGAAAGUUUCUAAACUAAAUGCAUUUAAAUGUAGCGUUGAUCUGCUACACUGCUCUUCUGACAAGAAAUGGACCUUUGCAUCUGGGACACAUGACCAUAUCUUGCCAAAGCAGGCUGUCUUGAGCGUGGCACAUGUGGACUGGGCACAUGAGAAUAGCGAGCUACGAGAGGGGGCAGCACAGGCAAACUCAUUAGUUGCAAGUUUCCUGUUGCCAGUUCAUAUGGAGGGACCUAUCGGGAUGGGAGUCAGUGAUGGAAACAGGAUUGUCUCUCAGAGGGGGCCACACCUGCUCCUCUUCACCGUCGAUGGCCUCCUGCUGCAACGAUUUGAGCACCACGAGAGGAUCAUUGGCAAAUUAAGGGUGGAUUCUCUCCAUGCCCAUACCACAUCCAUGGAUACUCUGCAGGUGUAUGCAUGGGAAGAGGGAGGCCAUUAUUCAUACCUCAAGAGCUGUCAUUGGAACACACAAAGAGUGAUGAAACAUCGAGCUGGUAAGCCCUGCAUUGUGACUUUAAAAUUUCCCUAA